UGUCCGAAUUAAAGUUUACAGUUGGUAUAACUUUCGUGGUAGAAUCACCGGAAGUAUUCGAGGUUCCUCUGACAUCUGACCCGAAUAGGGUCACAUUCUCGACAUCAGUUGUUGAUCCACUGGAAGAAGACGGACCAUUCAAAGUGGUUGCAAGUGUAAAGUUUGACUAUGAUGAUCAACUGGAAACUGUAUUGUGGUCAUCGAAUGGCUGUGUGACAGAUUAUGCCAUCGACUAUAUGGUUAGCGGAGUGACGUGCAUGUGUACUCACCUGACGUCGUUUGUCAUUCUGAUGAAACCCAAUCAGGUAAAUAACGGGACUUUGUCCGUGCUUACGACCGUUGGAGUUUCAAUUUCGAAUGUUUUUCUUAUCACUACCCUCGUUACCAUUUGUGGUAUGAAAGGCUUGAGGAACUUAGACCGGUACAAAAUCUUGCGUCAUUUGGUCAUCGCCCUACUCUGUGUCAAUUUCUUCUUUUUGCUCCUGGAGGCUGAUGUGAAGAAUACGAUCGCAUGCGGUUUUCUUGCUGGAUGCUUGCAUUACAGUCUUUUGGCAGCUUUCUCGUGGAUGUCGAUAAUGUCAACAGAUGUAUACAUGAAGAUCAAACAUCCGUUUGCUGAUCAUGAGAGGCGCUUCUUGUACAGUCGAUACAUUGGUUGGAUUGGACCUUUCACUGUCGUUGGGACAACUGUUGGCUUAACACGAGAAAACUACGCAUCUGAUGAAUGCUGGUUGGAGUCUAGAUCUGGUGCCAUAUGGGCGUUCGUUUCCCCCUUGUGCCUCACCAUUCUGUUCCUUGGCUUUUUGCUUGAUGUAAUCUUCCAAGGAGCUUUCAUAAGCCUUGUUCAGCUUGGCUUUAGCAGCUCCAAGCCGUUUCCUUGUGUUCCGAGCCUACUACGCCACCAGAUUGCUUCAGAGGCCAGGUUUAUUGUCUCUCUGGACCUAGUGAUCUCUGUGAUGACAGAUGGCCAUUUCGAUUGUUUUGAUACGCUUAGGUAG